AUGGCCUCGUCUCAGGGGACGAAUGAGCUCAAAUUGGCCGACUGGAUGGCCAGUCUCCCGGAGAGCAUCCACUGCAUCCCCCUCACCAAUUUGGCCAUCCCAGGAUCUCACGAUUCUUUCAGCUUCUACAUUGACGAAGCCUCUCCAGUAGGGCCUGAACAGCCAGAAACUGUCCAGAAUUUUGUCUCUGUUUUUGGAACUGUGGCCAAAAAGCUGAUGCGGAAAUGGUUAGCCACUCAAACGAUGAACUUUACUGGUCAGCUAGGAGCUGGGAUCCGUUAUUUUGAUCUUCGAAUUUCCACCAAGCCCAGAGAUCCCGACAAUGAACUCUACUUUGCUCAUGGUUUGUUCAGUGCCAAAGUCAAUGAGGGCCUUGAGGAGAUCAAUGCAUUCCUCACAGAUCACCGUAAGGAGGUGGUAUUCUUGGACUUCAAUCAUUUUUAUGGAAUGCAGAAAUAUCACCAUGAAAAAUUGGUCCAAAUGCUGAAAGACAUCUACGGAAAUAAAAUGUGCCCAGCGAUCUUUGCGCAGGAAGUGACUCUAAAGUACCUGUGGGAGAAGGACCACCAGGUGCUGGUCUUCUACCACAGCCCUGUGGCUCUGGAGGUGCCCUUCCUCUGGCCUGGGCAGAUGAUGCCAGCACCCUGGGCCAACACCACAGACCCGGAAAAACUGAUUCAGUUCCUUCAGGCGUCCAUCACCGAGAGAAGAAAGAAGGGCUCGUUUUUUAUAUCUCAGGUGGUGCUGACGCCCAAAGCUAGCACUGUGGUCAAAGGGGUGGCCAGUGGCCUCAGAGAAACAAUCACAGAAAGGGCUCUUCCCGCCAUGAUGCAGUGGGUCAGCACGCAGAAACCAGGAGAGAGCGGCAUCAAUAUUGUCACUGCCGAUUUUGUAGAACUUGGUGAUUUCAUCAGCACUGUCAUAAAGCUCAACUAUGUCUUUGAUGAAGGAGAAGCCAACACUUGA